AUGUUUGCACACCCCUGCUCCCUGGCCCACGCCGUCAUCACGGCCCCUGCUCCCCUGGUCCACGGCGUCAAGCACGGCCCCUGCUCCCUGGUCCACGCCGUCAACACGCCCCUGCUCCCCCUGGCCCACGCCGUCAACACGGCCCCUGCUCCCCUGGCCCACGCCGUCGAACACGGCCCCUGCUCUCCUGGCCCACGCCGGCCAACACGGCCCCUGCUCCCCUGGUCCACGCUCGUCAACACGGCCCCUGCCCUGGCCCACGCCGUCAACACGGCCCCUGCUCCUGGCCCACGCAGUCAACACGGCCCCUGGCCCCCUGGCCCACGCCGUCAACACGGUCCCUGCUGGCUGGCCCACGCCGUCAAAACGGCCCUGCUCCCCUGGCCCACGCCGUCAACACGGCCCCUGCUCCCCUGGCCCACGCCGUCAACACGGCCCCUGCUCCCCUGGCCCACGCCGUCAACGACGCUUGCCUUCUGGAGCAUGUUCUUGUCACGUUUUGAGGAAGCGGUGGCGGCUGGCAUGAAGCCCCAUAACAGUUAA